CUCAACUAGGUAACAUAGACUCAUUCUGGUGGAUUGGGAGGGCCUUUGCUAGCCAUACACACAUGCGAAAUCUCUUCACUUAAAACCGUGAGAAUGGUGGCCGAGAAGUGGGCAGUCCUACUGUGUUCUUUCAGGGACACUUAGAGUCCAGGGAAAUCUCCUCUGACCGCCAGGUUCAAGUCACACCGACAAAUAAGACGGACGGAAGGACACACCAGCAGACGGAGAGAAAAGGAACCGGCAUAUUACCAGGAAGACAGAGAAAGAAGAAAACGACGCACUCAUCCUGUUCAACAUGACUCUGCGUGAGCUGCGUAGUCGUGAGUUCUGGCGGGCUGUGCUGGCCGAGCUGAUGGGUUCCUUGGUGUUUGUCAGUGCGGUCCUGGGGGCCUCUGUGCCGGGCCCUGGAGGACCCUCAACUGGGCCACUCUACCCUGCCCUGGCCGCAGGCAUGGUGGCUGUGGCCCUGGGACACUGCUUCGGUGAGAUCAGCGGGGCACAGGUGAACCCAGCAGUGACCCUGUCUCUGUUGGCCACGCGGAGGAUGGACAUGCUGAAGGCUCUGGCGUAUGUGGUGGCCCAGUGUCUUGGGGCCAUAAUGGCGGCCUCUGCUCUCUACCUUGCCCUGCCUCUCAGAACCACUGCCGACUGCUUCAUCAGCAUGGUUCCCCUGGAGGUGAAUGUGGUACAGGCUCUAGGGAUGGAGGCUCUCUCAACGUUCCAGCUGGUCUUCACUGUGUUUUCUGUGGAGGACCAGCGACGGAGGGAGAACCCAGAACCAGGCAACCUGGCCAUCGGCUUCUCUAUCAGUGCAGGCGUGCUGACUGCGGGUCAGUACUCUGGUGGCAGUAUGAAUCCGGCACGUUCCCUGGGUCCUGCCAUCAUCACUGGCUUCUGGGAAAACCACUGGGUGUACUGGAUCGGCCCGGUGUUGGGAGCAGUGCUUGCCGGGAUGUCCCAUGACUUUUUCUUUGCUCCUAGUGCGUCAAGGCAGAAGCUGGUUGCGUGUCUGACCUGUAAGGACAUAGAGAUGGUGGAAACAGCCAGCGUGUCCCGGUCCUCCCUGUCUACAGUUACCCAGACCGCCAUGAGGGCUAAGCAGGUCAACAAACAGGAGCAAAACUAGAUAUAGACACAGAACACCACAAUAAACAUUAUGAAAUAUACCACACAAAAUAUACCGUAUACAUUUUACAAACACCAAUGUACAUUCAUUUAAUCAAUUAGCGAUUGUCAUGAUAUACAGAGAGGGGAAAAAAAUGUAUCCCCUGCUGAUUUUGUACGUU